AUGGAGAACUCCUGCGCUGCAAGCCUGACCGAUGCGGCGCGCUUGGUGCGGCUUCUGAAGAUCGGCGGCUACUGCGCGACCAAAUCCACGCGCGAGAAUAGCUGCAAGAUCGGGUCCAGAUGGCACGUCGACGGGUACGAGUGGGAGCUCCGGAUCUGUCCGGAUUACUUUCACAGCUCAGGUAUUACUCCGUGGGUAGCGCUCGAACUUAGCUUGCUCAGCGGAUCCAGCUCCCGCACGCACGUAAGGACGAUUCUUGGCUGCCGGAUGGUGGAUCCGACCGGAAUCCUGAAACCUUCCGAAGAAAAGAGGAAGUUCGGGCUAUUCUCUAUCCCCAGUCCAGAAAGCGCAAUGUCUACGCUGAAGCUCAUCAAGAGAGAAGAUUUGGAGUCAUCGGGUUAUCUCCAGGAUGAUGCCUUCACUCUACAGUGCACCAUCACCGUCCUCAGGGAACUGCCGCUGCAGACGUUCUCGGCCGUGAAGGAAAUCACCGUGCAAGCCGCACCACCUUCCAACCUGCACCAGCAGCUCGGGGAGCUGCUGCAGAGCGAGGCCGGAGCGGACGUCACGUUCGUCGUAUCCGGCGAGUCAUUUGCCGCGCACAAGCUCAUACUCGCCGCCAGGUCCCCCGUGUUCAUGGCCCAGUUCUAUGGGCAAAUGAUGGAGAAGAGCUCCCAGCAAGUCGACAUCAAGGACAUGGAGGCCGCGGUGUUCAAGGCGCUGCUCGGUUUCGUCUACACCGACACGGUGCCGGAGUUCGAAGAGCAGCACCAGGACAAGGAGGCGGUAUCGACAACGGUGAUGGCGCAGCAUUUGCUGGCUGCGGCAGACAGGUACGGCAUAGGAAGGCUCAAGCUGAUCUGCGAGGGCAAGCUCUCAGGUGGCAUCCACGUCGACACCGUGGCAGCGUCUCUUGCCCUGGCCGAGCUACACCGCUGUGAGCUGCUCAAGGCCAAGUGCAUCGACUUCAUCGUCAGGAGUCCUACGGUUCUCGACGAUGUCUUGGCCACGGAGGGGUAUAAGAACUUGGAGGCAAGCUGCCCUUCGGUGCUCACUGACCUGCUUACGCGCGCGACCAAGAAAAGCGUUGUUUAA